AUGUUUGUAAGGCACCUCUCUGCCCUUAUUAGGUCUCCAACAAAGAUAAACAGAACUAUUCAGAGAAACUACUUUUCCCACAAUGAAAGGCUUCUAACACCCCGACACGGAACGACCAUAUUGUGCGUACGGAAGAAUAACGAAGUGUGUUUAAUUGGUGAUGGCAUGGUUUCUCAAGGCACAAUGAUUGUUAAAGGAAACGCAAAAAAAAUAAGAAGACUGAAAGACAACAUUUUGAUGGGUUUUGCCGGGGCAACGGCUGACUGCUUUACCCUGUUGGACAAAUUUGAAACAAAAAUUGAUGAAUAUCCAAAUCAACUUCUUAGGAGCUGUGUCGAAUUAGCCAAGUUAUGGAGAACGGACAGAUACUUACGACAUCUGGAGGCAGUAUUAAUAGUAGCCGACAAAGAUGUGCUAUUAGAAGUAACAGGAAAUGGGGAUGUUUUAGAACCCUCAGGAAAUGUGUUGGGUACAGGAUCAGGGGGCCCAUACGCUAUAGCUGCAGCCAGAGCAUUAUACGAUGUGGAAAAUUUGAGUGCAAAGGACAUAGCCUAUAAAGCUAUGAAUAUUGCUGCGGAUAUGUGUUGUCAUACCAACAAUAAUUUUAUAUGUGAAACGCUUUGA